AUGGCCCACAGAGGCGCUGGAAAAAACAACAAUAAGCGCACAGCCACUCCUCCAUCAUACGACACCGUUAAGAAAGGUAGACCCCAAACCUACUCACCACCUCCUUUACGAAUCAACACCGUCCAAAACGCCAAAACCAAAGCUACCCAAAACACUAACAAAAAUCAAGCUGCAAACGCCAUGCAGAAAACGUCCACACUAAGCUCUAAAUCCUCCCCACACAAACAACAAAACAAAGCCACAACUGAAAAUAAUACAAAUGAUAAACAAUCACUACCUACAACAAGCGAAGAUGAAGAUGAAGAAGACGACAUCAAUUCCACACACUCCACAUCGUCGCAGCCACAUAAAAUCAAUCCUAAAAUUCCACCAAUCAUGCUCAAAGGCGCGGACUGGAGAAAAGUGGCGGGAAAACUGAUGACAACAAUUCCAGAAAACUCCUUGGAAGCAAAAUUAUUUGGCCCAGAGUCGAUAAAAAUACAGUGUCAUGACAUUGAGUUAUUCAGAAUAGUUCAAAAAUAUCUGACAACCACAGGUACUGCAUUCCAUACCUUUAGCUUACCUGAAGAAAAAACUUUAAAAAUAGUUAUAAAAGGUCUCCUUAGGGAAAUAUCUGAAACAGAGGUAUUGAAUGAACUAGUCCAACUAGGAUUCACAGCAACAAAUGUUAGACAAUUUGGAAAAAACGACCAAAAACUGCCCAUUCACAUGGUAGUGUUAAAAAACUCUCCAGAAAAUAAAGGUAUUUUCAACUUGCGUUCAAUGUUUUACAUGGCGGUAAAAAUAGAACGGUACAAAUCAAAUACUCCAGCACAGUGUUAUAACUGCCAAAAAUUCGGCCACUCAAGUGUUCACUGCGGAUCGGCUCCCAGAUGCGUUAAAUGCGCUGGGAACCACAAAGCUAAAGACUGCACUAAACCUAGUGAUGAAAAGCCAAAAUGCACUAAUUGCGAAGGUGAACACACUGCAAACUACAGGAAAUGCCCAGCCUUCUCCCAAGAGACGGAAAAAAGGCGUCCAGUCAAUCGUAAUAUAAUUGGUCAAUACACACUUUCCAACCUCCCAUCAUCAACUCAAACGACUCAGUUAAAUGUAAAUACUCCCAACCUCAUUAAUUCCAACAUGAGCUAUGCUGAGCGUACAAAACCUAGAGACAACGAAAUCAUUAAGCCUAUCUUAGACCAACUAGAAAACCUAGUUGCAGUGAUCUCCUCAGGCAACACCGAAGUUCAAACGAUCAUUUCCACUAUAGUGGCACUACUUCCACUAUUACUAAAUCUACUCAACCAAUUAUGA